AUGUCAUUGAGACUCCUCCAGGGAAGCCUAUUCAGGCCAUCCUCCAAGGCACAAAUCUGUCACAGAUUGCUAUCAACUUCAGCUCCAAGAUACAUCACUGAACCAAUAAUAACGCCCAACAAGUUUGUCAAGAUCAAACCAGUGACAAACCUAAGAUCAAGAAGUCAUCCUGAAUUCAUUCAAGCUCACAACUCCAAAUUAGAAAACUUGGUGUGGAGAAAUCCAUUACAAAACAUUUUAAUUGUGAAAAAACCAUGGUCUCAACAUGUUCGUGAUAGUAUGGUUCAAUUUGUAACUUUUUUACAUGAUCAUUAUCCAGAAAUCAAUGUCAUGGUUGCUAAAGACGUUGCAGAGGAGAUAUCCCAAGAUUUUAACAGUUAUCCUAAACAAACGAGUUCAAGUCCUCAUAUUUUAUAUACAGGUGAGAUGGAAGAUAUUGUCCCAAGGACUGAUUUAUUAGUCACUUUAGGUGGUGAUGGUACUAUUCUAAGAGGUGUAUCGUUAUUCUCAAAUGGUAGAGUUCCACCUGUGUUAUCAUUUUCAUUGGGUACAUUGGGCUUUUUAUUACCUUUUGAUUUCAAUCAUCAUGAACAAGCAUUUAGAGAAGUUUAUACAUCAACUGCCAAAGUUAUUCAUAGAACAAGAUUAGAAUGCCAUGUUAUCAGAAACAAUUCAGCUCCAGCUACCAAUAAUCAAGGAAUGAUCCAUGCCAUGAACGAUAUUGUUCUACAUCGUGGUGAUACACCAAAUUUGACCACUUUAGAUAUUUACAUUGAUGGUGAAUUUUUAACAAGAACCACAGCUGAUGGUGUUUGUCUAAGUACACCAACAGGAUCAACAGCAUAUUCAUUGAGUUCUGGUGGUAGUAUUGUCAGUCCAUUAGUCCCAGCCAUUAUGAUUACACCUAUCUGCCCAAGAUCAUUAUCAUUUAGACCAUUGAUUGUUCCAUUAUCUUCACAUAUCAAAAUCAAAAUCAUUAGUAGACAAAAUGGUGAAAAUGAUGUCAGGUUCUCAAUUGAUGGUGUUCCACAAGAUUGUUUGAAAGUUGAUGAUGAAAUACAUGUUGUUAAUGAAAUUGGAACAAUCUUUGUUGAUAAUGUCAAGAUCCCAGGAUCAACAGGACAACAAAGAGCAAUCAUGAAGAAGAAACAAAUAGAGACAGGUGUUUAUUGUGUUGCCAAAAGUGAAAAUGAUUGGGUUAGAGGUAUUAAUGAAUUACUUGGUUUCAAUUCAAGUUUCAAGAAUCAAGCUAAAAAAAACUAA